UGCCCUUGAAAAGAUUCCCUUGAAGCCCCUAAUGAAUUUCCUAAAGAGCACUGGUCAUUCUGCACGCUUUAUGCAGAGAAGAGUUACUUUGAAUAGCCUUAGAUACACCAAUAGAGCUCGUUUGUAUUCUACGGCUACUGGCGGCCCUGUCAAAGAAAGUAGUAAUGUUCCCUGGGUUAUCGGUUCUCUUCUCGUGUUUGGUCCCAUUCUGUUCAAGUUAACUUCUCCUCCUCCUCCUUCUAAAAGAACAAACUUGACUGAGCACAUUGCGCCUGUACCUGUAGAAGAAGAGAAACCUGCUGCUGUUGAGGAACCAGCCAAGGUGAUUCAAAAACCUUAUGUUCUUAUCGGUGCAGGAACGGCUUCUUUUGCAGCUGCACAAGCAAUUAAAGAAAAAGAUCCUAAUGCCAAUGUCAUCAUCAUUGGCGAAGAAGGUUAUGCUCCUUACAUGAGACCUCCAUUGUCCAAGGAAUUCUGGUUCUCUGAAGAUCCCAAGGUUGGAGAAACUUUGCGAUUUAAGGAUUGGCAAGGAACCGAACGAAGCGCGAUAUAUCAGGAUAUAUCAGAAUAUGAAAUCAUUCAAGAUGCUUCAGGUUCAGAUUUAGAAAGCUCAAAGAUCAAACUCUUACUUAGCAAGCGUGCUACAAAGCUCAACGUGGAGGACCAUACUGUCACAUUGGAUGAUGGUAGCGUCAUUUACUACAACAAGGUUUUGCUUGCUACUGGAGGGGAGCCCAAGAGAUUACCAAUGCAAGACAAGAACGACAAGAACAUCACUACCUUCCGUAGCAUCGAGGACUUUAAGAAAUUGGAGCAACUCGCCAAGAAUGGUGCUCAUAUUGCUGUUGUCGGUGGUGGCUUUUUAGGAUCUGAACUUGCUGUUGCCCUUGCUCACCGUGCCCAAAAAGAAAACAUCAAAGUCACUCAAAUCUUCCCUGAAGAUGGAAAUAUGGCCAAUGUCUUCCCUGGUUAUCUCACAAAAUGGACAACUAGUCGUGUCCGCAAAUUGGGCGUAGAGGUCAAGGAAAGAUCUGCUGUGAAAUCAGUUUCUACUGAUAAAGAAUCUGGAAAGACCACUGUUGAAUUAGAAAACGGUGAAUCCCUUACUGUUGAUCAUGUCGUUGUUGCCAUUGGCAUUGAACCUCGUGUUGAUUUGGCGAGAGACGCAGGAUUAGAGAUUGAUGAAAAGAGAUCUGGUGUUGUUGUUAAUGCCGAAUUAGAAGCCCGUCGAGACGUUUACGCUGCUGGAGAUAUGGUCUCUUUCCAUGAUGUACAAUUGGGACGUCGUCGUAUUGAACAUCAUGACCACGCUGUCUUGAGUGGACGUCAUGCUGGUGAAAACAUGGUAGGUGCUUCUCGUGCUUAUAAGCAUCAAUCUAUGUUUUGGUCUGAUUUGGGACCUGAAAUUGGUUACGAAGCCGUUGGAUUGACUGACUCUCAGCUAUCAACUGUGAGCGUCUGGGCAAAGGCUACAGCCAAGGAUACACCCGUUGCCUCUGCACGUACUGAAGUUGAUAGUCCUCGUGCUGCUCCUGGUGAAGAACAACAGCAAGUGUCAACUGGUCAAUCUGUUUCUGAAGCUGUUAAGGCAAAGAAUCCAUUCCAGGAUGAAAAGUUUGGCAAGGGGCUUGUCUUUUAUGUUCGUGAUAAGAAGAUUGUUGGUCUUGUCUUAUUUAAUGUGUUUGGAAAGGUUCAAGAAGCUCGAGAUAUUAUCAAUGCUGGAUACACCUCUGAUAAGAUCGAUGGCUUAGUGAAAAAAUUCAAUCUUUAUUCAAAUGACCAUUAGAUACUAAUUUAAAAAUAAUAAAGUUCAUUUUUGUGCAGUA